AUGCCUCGUUCAAAGCGUGCGCGCGUGGUCCAAGAGUCCAAGACCGCCAAGAAGGAUCACAAGGAGCAAACCCGCCGUCUCUAUGCCAAUAUUCGGGAAUGUGUGGAGGAAUAUGAUCAUCUGUUUGUCUUCGCCGUGGACAACAUGCGGAACACAUAUUUGAAGGAUGUACGAGCCGAGUUCGCAGACAGCCGUCUUUUCUUCGGUAAGACCAAGGUUAUGGCAAAGGCCUUGGGCGACAGCCCCGAAACCGAAGCCGCACCAAACCUGCACCUUGUCACGCCGCACUUGACUGGAGCCGUCGGCCUUCUUUUCACCUCCCGCGCCGCCGAGUCUGUUAUCGACUACUUCAACACUUUCCGCCCAUCUGACUUUGCCCGUGCCGGCACGGAGGCCACCCGCUCAUUCUCUAUUCCCAACGGACUGGUCUAUUCACGAGCUGGAGAGGUUCCUGCCGACCAGGACGAACCAAUCAGUCACACCAUGGAGCCUGCGCUUCGCAAGCUCGGUGUGCCAACCCGCUUGGUCAAGGGCAAGGUGAUGCUCGAGCUGACAGAAGACCAAGAGGGGUACCCUGUUUGCCGGAAGGGCCAGAUUUUGGAUUCGCGACAGACUACCCUCAUGAAGAUGUUUGGUGUUACCUCGUCUGAAUUCAAGGUGGAUCUUAAGGCGCACUGGUCUCGCAAGACUAAUGAAGUGGAGAACCUAGAGCAAGGUGGUAUGGAUGUCGAUGCUUAG